UGUGCUGGGGGCGGGAGGCUGCGGGUUCUGCGCGGAGUUGGAGGGGGACAGUGCGUGUGCAGCGGUGUUAGAGGUGGGAAAGCAAUCCCUGGCUGCUGUGAGGCUUUAGCGAAGUUGAACGCUUCUGUCAGAGAAAAGUUUAGGAAAAGUCCCAACAGCAAAAAAACCCCCAAAACUAAACAACAAAACAAAAAAACCCCAGAGGCAACCGAAAAACCCUCAGAAAAACAAACCAACAAAACCCAGCUAUGUCCUAAUACAAUAGUAACCUAAUUUCUCUGGCACCUUUUGUUCCUGUGAUGUAGUCUUACUAAAUUUUGCAAAGGAAAUCCAAUUCAGCCCAUGCUCAGAAUGGAGCACCAGCCGCUGCUCAGAGGGUCUAGCUCGCCCAGCAAGGUAAGCAGAACUGUCCUGGCCUCAGAAGGUGGAUCUUGCUGGGAGUUUGUGGUUUUAGCAGUGAUGCACAAAUGUGAAAUGCACUGAUGUUUCUGUCAGCUUUUAAAUAGAAAAACAUUAGGGGAUUAGGCUGAUAAAGUUUAGUGCUUUCUUGAACACCUAUCUGUGUUAUACAAUGGAAGCUAUAAAAGCACGUUUUCUCAUUCUCAUGUUCUACAUUGAAUGUAAAUUGAAUUUUGUUUGUGUUGUGUUUCUGAGAUAAGGUGAAAGUGCUUCUAAACUGUCAGGAGUUCAGUAGCAUACAGAACAGAUGAGGGUAUUGUCUGUGCUUUCACCAAGAAAUUGGGGCCCAAACUCCAAUGUGAGACAACAUAUCAGUGUAAUGAGCCGGCUGAUUUUGGGCAGGAUGAACAAAACAUCUGUCAUAAGAAAACUUAUGUGAUGUAUGUUAAUGAUUUUGGGUUGUUUGUUUGUUUAUUUUCUGUCUUUUCUAGAUUCCAGGUUGUACCCAUGAGACACACAAAAUACGCUUACAGUACUUGGUUAACGGAAAGGUCUGAGUGUGCAGUGCCAGUAUUUACCCCCUCUAGCUUUAUUUUUUCUAGCAUACUCACUACAGCCCUUAUAUAUUACUCUUGAUUCAUUGCUUUGCUUGUAAUUUUGAGAGACACUUUUUAUUCUUGGAAACUGUAAGGAAAUGUUAAUUGCAUUUUACUUUAUUAAGAUUAAUUUCAACUUCUGAGUUUUAGUCCUGAAGCAAGGAAGUUUUGGUGAAUUAUCUUUAGGAAAGACACAGCUCUUUCAGACUACAGUACAGUAUCUGGAAUAACUCAGCAUUUCUGGGAACUGGCCCAAGAAUGAGAAUGAUGAAGAAUUAGUCUACAUACCUUGCAAUGAGAAAUUCAGGGAGUACAAGUUUAUAAAAAAAUUAUGUACAAUAUAUAUGAAGGAAGGGGAAAUUUGAUCACUGAAGUGCCUUUAGUAUAGGAGACGUCGUCGUGUCCAGCUGAAGUUAGACAAUAAGGUACUAUGAGAUGAAAUUAGGACUUAAUUUUAAAUGAAAGGGUUGCUAGAUGUUCGAACUGGAUGUUAUUUUUAGUACGAUCAUAUUCAGUAAAAAAUAGAGUCAGAAAGCACCACAUGAGAAACCAAACACUGUACAAACCUCUGGAGAUCUUUGACCCAGAGGUCUCAUCCAAAGUAUGAUGUUUUAUGACCAGUUAGACUUCUGAGAUUUAAAUGUAUCAUUAUAGUAGUUUGUAUUGGCCUUAAACCCGAUGAAUCUGUGACUCUGUUAAUUUUAGUUUAUAAAUACUGAUUUAGGAAUGUAACUAGGUAAUCAGUAUUGAAAAAUUAAAAACCACAUGCCAAUAUAUUUCAGAGUGAAUACUAUUAUCAGUGAACAUUAUGUUGUCAUUUAAGAUACUAGGGCUUAGUAACUGCCAGCUUGCAGACAUUGAGUAAUCAUUUUAGGGACUUGCAGUGGGAAAUAAAAUACUGUUAUUUCUCACAUCUUGGUUGAAAUGUGUGGCAAAGAAACUGGGAUUUGGUUUAAUUCUUAUACUGAAUCAUAGUGCCUCUAACACCAAACAUAAACAGUCCUUUCAUUCUUUCAUUAAAAACAGACACCCUGGGCAGUGUGGCUCAUGUGAAAAGCAUUUACAGAGUUUCCAAUAAAAUCUGCAGUGGUUAUGUUGCCUACGCUUAAAUCUGGAGACUUGUGAUUGUGGCAACUCUAAAGGCUGUUAACGAUCAUGGCCGAAGUCAGCGUGAAAUGCUUCUCCUGCUGGAGUCAUUUGGGAGUUCAUGCAGUUUCCUGAACAAAUAUUUUCACUGUUCCAAACUCCCCAGCUGGACAUUGUUCCUGGCUGUUUGUGCUGUUGGAAUUGGAGGGACCUUUCAGUAUGGGUAUAAUGUCUCCAUUAUCAAUGCACCCACACAGCAUAUACACAAGUUCUUAAACGAAACCUGGACUAGUCGUUAUCAGAAGGAACUCAAUCCAGAUUUGCUGACUUUUCUUUGGUCUGUCAUUGCUUCUAUCUUUUCCCUUGGAGGCCUGUGUGGAGCGCUGAUGGGAGGCAGCAUGGCAAUUCGCCUGGGCAGGAAAGGAGCUCUUUUGAUGAAUAAUAUUAUAGCAAUACUAGCUUCCAUUUUAAUGGGGCUCAGUUAUCCUACAGGAUUGUUUGAGUUACUGAUUGCUGGAAGGUUUUUGAUUGGCAUAAAUACAGGUAUUGGGUUCUGUGUGCAGCCUUUGUAUAUUGGGGAGAUUGCCCCAAAACAUCUAAGAGGAGGCUUGGCCAUGGGGACUUCCAUCUUUCUGACUGGGGGGAUUCUGACAGGACAAAUAAUUGGUUUGAGGGAAUUACUAGGUGGAGAAAAGCACUGGCCUCUGUUGCUAUCCAGCAGCUGUUUUCCAGCAUUUGCCCAACUUUUAUUCCUGCCGUGGUUUCCUGAAAGUCCCAGAUACCUUCUUAUUGACAGAGGUGAUGAGCUGAGCUGUGCCAAAGCUUUGAAGCGAUUUCAUGGCUCUGCAGAGUAUCGAAGGGAGAUGGAAGACAUCCAGCGGGAAUCUUCUGCCUUAGAUGGGGAGAAGCCCAAGAAGCCCUGGCAGUUAUUCACCGAUCGCGGUGUGAGAUGGCAGCUCAUCACCGUGAUUGUGAUGACCAUAGGCCAACAGCUCAGUGGGAUAAAUGCUAUUUAUUUCUAUGCAACUUACAUUUUUGAAGCAGCUGGGAUCUCAGCUGAGAAAAUCCCAUAUGUGACACUCGGCACUGGAGCUUGUGAGUGCCUCACAGCCCUCUCCUGUGGUUUACUGAUAGACUACGUGGGAAGAAGAUACCUCAUCAUUGGGGGUUAUCUCCUCAUGACCCUCUGGUGCAUUGUUCUAACCUUCUCUCUGACUUACCAGGACCUGUACCCCUGGGUGCCUUACGUGAGCAUGAUGUCUAUAUUUGCCUUCAUCUUGAGCUUUGGGUUGGGACCAGGUGGCAUAACCAACACCCUGAUAGCGGAGUUAUUUGUACAGUCCUCACGUCCUGCUGCUUACAUGAUCGGAGGGACUCUUAGUUGGAUUAGUUUCUUCACAAUUGGAAUGCUCUUUCCCUUUAUAGUGAAUGGACUUAAGCAGUAUUGUUUUCUGGUGUUCUUACUGGAGUGCUCCUUUGUUGCUGCUUUCAUCUUCCUUGUAAUUCCUGAGACAAAAAACAAGUCUUUUCUGGAAAUCAAAAAGGAAUUUCACAAGCUUAAUUUUGGAAGAAAUACCAGAAAAAAGGAAACAGAGCUUUAUGAAAGAAGACAACUUCAAGAUAAAUUUUUAAAAAGUCCUGCGUAAUUUUAUGGCUGUAACAGAACAACACUGAGAAUUAUGAACUAAAUUAGGAAUGUAAUACAUGAUCAAAUGCCUUAUUAAAUCCUCCUGUGUAUUUAGAGGAAGUGUAACUAAAGGCAAGUUAGUAUUGCUGAAAUGCUGUUAAAACAUGUAUUGCUAAAACACUAUUAACAACAUAUUAUAUUACCCAUAGAAGACUUGACAUUUAGCUGUAACCUGAUGCUGUAGGGACACAGAAAUGCCAGGGAUACCUCUGGCAGAUUUCUGUGGAUAAUUCAGUGGCUCUUCUUGCAUUUCAAAGCCCCAUCUUCAGUUCAGGUCAUUGGGCACAUCCAAAUGCUUCACUGAGCAAAACAGAGAGUUCUUGUUAAAACCCAAACAAAAACUCACCUACUGAAAACUUUUUCAGAAUAUUUAAAAUAUUCCAGUUUAUGUACAAAUGUGGGUAUUUAGUUGCCAUUUUUCACUUUCUUUACCCAGUCCUACUAUUGUAACUAUACAACAAUGGUACAGCACCUCUCUGAAUUACUGGUAUUUGUAAUAAAGACUUGUAUCCCAAUUAAACAGUUUCUGGGGUUUUGAAGGUCAGUUCUCGCCAGACUGAGGUCAACAUACCAAAAGCAUGCAGUAGUGGAGAGCACAGAUGACAGGAAUGAAGUACUUUCUACCUUAAAAGAAUUUUCAAGAUGGUGUGAGGGAACACACACAAGGAGACUACAGAGCUCCUGCAGGACACACUAAAUGACCUUUCUGCUUAUCUCCAGCAUUUUGUCCAGGACUCUUUCUCAACUUAAAAUACAUUCUUCAUAUUUCACUAAGUAAGAAAUCUCACUUAUAUCUGACAUUUGUGUGCCUUUCUGGCCCUUGUUUCCAUACCUGUAGCUGCCAGGACAGUGGCCCACCUUACCCAGUACAACUUUUCCUGGUUGUAAGCAUUUUCAA